UCCAGCAUACACGUGAAACAAGGGAUCGCUGCGGAAAAUGUCAUCCUCUUUAGACACCGGCGUUACACUCAAAGCGCUGAGAAAUGCGUUAGACCAGCUGGCUAAGUUUCUUGUCGUUUCUCUAAAAAUAGCAAAUGCCCAUACUGUCGAUUUUUACACCAAUGGGAUUUGGGACGAGUUUGUGGCAGUCUCACCAGAAAGUGUUCUGUCACUACUUGCUGAACAGAGUGACACUUGCAGCGUCGUUCGAGGAGAUUGCAAGACAAAUUUCUGUGGCUUCAGCGAAGAUUCUCAAAAGUUGGUGGAUGUCUCUCGUUUCUUACAUUUGGCUAGAGCACAUUCCCUGAAUAAACUCUUAGUGUGCUCUACAUUGGGUGAAUUGCUGCAGAAAUUAAGAAGCACAACCUUGUGUACUCCAGAAAACCAGUGGCAACUUAACGAAUUUAUGAAUACCAAGAAAUCUCAUGAAGUAGCAGUAAUGGCAGAAGUGGUGUCAUGUCUGGCCAAAUUCUGCAAUGUCAGACAGGUGAUUGAUAUUGGAUCUGGAAAAGGCUACUUAAGUUCUUAUUUGUCAAUGCAGUAUGGCUUGAAGGUGUACGGGAUAGACGCUUCCAGCACAAACACCCAUGGUGCUAAUGAGAGGAACCGAAAAUUGAAUAAAUAUUCAAAGACCUAUCAAAAGGCAAAAAAGUCAAAUGUACCAAAUAAGAUUAUGGAGACUAUUACUAAAGCAUCAACAGAGGCUAAUUACGAUACUCCAGACAAAGUAGAAUUUGAAACAAGUAAUAUGAUGGAAGAUCUGUCACAAAAAUUCAAAAUUACCACCUUGCCAGAUGCAUCUGUCUGCUUGGAACACAUUGAAAGUACUACAGAUAAAGAUUCACAAGAUAUAGACUGUGUAUCUGAAAAAGAUACUAACUUUUUCUUCAGUAACUUCUCAGGUGAAUUAGUAUAUCUCCCGUCUCCACGUGUCCAUCCAAGAGAACUUAGUCAGGAGGAGAAAGAAAGGAGAAAGCAAGAGAAUCUGAAGAAAAAGACUGAAUACCAAAACAGUGCCAAUGUUUAUUCACCUCUGACUUCUUACGUAACUGCAGAAACUGAACUCCAGGAGCUGAUUUCAGAAAUGAAGGACUCCGUAAUGGUUGGUCUUCAUACUUGUGGUGAUCUAGCACCUAGCACAUUGAGGAUAUUUACUGCAAAGUCAGAGCUUAAAGCAGUUUGUAGUGUGGGUUGUUGCUAUCAUCUCUUGUCUGAAGAGUUUGAUUAUCUACAGCAAGAUGGCACAAAUGGAAUUUGGGGAUUCCCAAUGAGCGAUUACAUGAAACAACAAGGUUGGACAUGUGGUCGAAAUGCUCGAAUGUCAGCUUGUUUGGCCUUAGAAAGAGUCACUGUUGGAAAGGGGCUUCCUAUUGAAUCCCUAUUUUACAGAGCAGUUCUCCAUGUAAUAAUAAAGGAACACUUUGGUACAUUUAAAAGUGAAAAACGUGUUGGAAAUGUGUAUGCCAAGGCAACCUCGUUUGUGGAUUACAUCAAAAAAUCAUUGAGAAAGUUGGACUUGGAUGAAACAAAGCUUUCUGACCGUGUAAUUGAGGACUAUCAUAUUAAAUAUAGACCACGAAUUAAUGAAAUGGAAGCAUUUAAUAUGCUGAAGUUGACCUUGGCUCCAUGCAUUGAGGGAUUAAUUCUCCUUGACCGUCUGUGCUAUCUAAAAGAGCAGGAGAGUGUUUCGUGGUCUGCACUGGUGCAAUUGUUUGACCCACUAACAUCACCUAGAUGUUAUGCAGUGAUUGGAAUAAAGAACUCCUAAGUGCCAUUUUCUUCCAUUUUUUUGUAUUUUUUAUAUUUUCACUGUUAAUUAAAAAUUUCCAUCAAGAAGCGAAAGGAUGAAUACAUUGUAAGGUUAUUUAAAAGAAAGGUGUUACCAUUGCCUCAGUGAUCAUUUUUGUGAGCUUAGGCAGUUAAGCUACCUUAAAUAAUGUAAUCAUGACAUUUAAUUGGAACCAAAGAAGAUUUUAGUCUCCUAAGUAAUCCAUUCUGAAGCUUACUGAUUUCUUGCUUUACUUCAUCAACCGUUGUUUUGCCUCCUUCUCUGAUUAACAGUACAGCAAUGGUUUGCUUUUAAUUUUUUUAUGUUGAUAAGAAUUUGCUUAUACAAAGCUACUGUGUAAAUCAGACAUUUAUUAAAUGUGUUUUAAGUAUA